GAGCGAGUGAGUGAGGGUUUUUCCUCGCUGCUCCAUGAAGUAGAGCAUGAAAAGACUGUUACUUUCACCCAUCUAUUCUCGACAAUGUUUGAGCCACCAAACAUUUGUUAGAAACCAAUCUUCUGUGCCAUCAGAUCGCAAUUUCUUCCUUAAUCUUAUCUGUAAAUCCUCCUCCGUGGUCCAACUCAAGCAGAUUCAAGCUCAGAUCAUCCUCAACGGUCUCCAUAAUGACCUAAUAACCACAACAAAGCUCACUAAUAGGCUCUCAGACUUUGGAGCCAUUGACUAUGCCCAUCUUCUCUUCUCCACCAUUUCACAACCCGACCUCUUCCUCUUCAAUGUCCUUAUCAGAGGAUUCUCCAAGAAUGGCUCACCCACGUCUGCCAUUUCCCUCUACAAGUACCUCCUUUGGAGCACCACUCUCAAGCCCGACAACUUCACGUUUGCCUUCGCGAUAUCAGUGUCUUCACACCUUGAUUCAAAGGAAAUUGGGCUUCUACUUCAUGCCCAUUCAAUCCUUUUUGGGUUUGAAUUUGAUGUGUUUGUCGGGUCUGCUGUUAUGGAUUUUUAUUUUAAAUUCUCUCAAAUUCAGACAGCACAGAAAGUGUUUGAUAGAAUUCCCGAGCCAGAUACAGUUUCUUGGAAUACCAUGAUAUCUGGGUUGGUGCAGAAUGGUAGUUUUUCUGAAUCGAUACAACUGUUUGAGGAUAUGGUCCUGAGAGGAACCCAAUUUGAUUCGACCACAUUUGCUGCUGUUCUUCCAGCAGCUGCUGAAUUGAAAGAAUUGAAAAAGGGAAUGAAAAUACAAUGUUUGGCAAUCAAGACAGGCUUCCAUUCCCAUGCUUAUGUCCUCACAGGUUUGAUUUCUUUGUAUUCUAAAUGCGGUAUGGUCUCUGCCGCAAGAUUUCUGUUUGCACAGUUUGGCUGUCCAGAUUUGAUCUCUUGGAAUGCAAUGAUCUCUGGGUACUCCUGCAAUGGUGAGACUAAAUCUUCAGUGAGUCUCUUUAGGCAAUUGUUAGUUUCUGGGGAGAAAGUUAAUUCAAGUACAAUCGUGGGUUUGAUCCCUGUGUUUUUUCCCUUUAACCAUCUUUGUCUCACGCAUUCUAUUCAUGGUUUCUCUCUGAAGUGUGGUCUCAAUUUAAAUUCUUCAGUUUCUACUGCUCUGACUACUGUUUAUAGUAGAUUAAAUGAAAUGGAAUCUGCAAGGCAGCUUUUCGAUGAAUCCCCAGACAAAAGCUUGGAAUCUUGGAAUUCCAUGAUCUCCGGUUACACUCAGAAUGGGUUAACAGAAAUGGCAAUAUCUCUUUUCCAGAAAAUGCGGAUGUCAGAUGUCUGCCCAAAUCCAGUCACGAUUACAAGUAUUCUUUCAGCUUGUGCUCAGCUUGGAGCUCUUUCUCUAGGAAAAUGGGUCCAUGAGUUAAUACUUAGAGAAAAUUUUGAUUCCAAUGUAUAUGUGUCAACAGCUCUAAUUGACAUGUAUGCGAAAUGUGGAAGAAUCAAAGAGGCACGGGGGAUAUUCAAUUAUAUGCCUGAAAAGAAUAUGGUAUCUUGGAAUGCAAUGAUUGCGGCUUAUGGACUCCAUGGGCAUGGCAAUGAAGCGCUAAGUCUCUUUUCUGAGAUGUUAGAUUCUGGGUUAUCCCCAACUGGAGUUACAUUUCUUUCGGUCUUGUAUGCUUGCAGCCAUGCUGGAUUAGUAAGGGAGGGAGAUGUGAUCUUUCAGUCAAUGACACUGGAGCAUGGAUUUCAGCCAGGACCUGAGCAUUAUGCCUGCAUGGUUGACCUCCUUGGUCGAGCUGGGCAGGUGGACAGGGCCUUAGAGUUUAUAAAGACUAUGCCUGUUGAGCCAGGACCUGGUGUAUGGGGUGCACUGCUUGGUGCUUGCAUGAAACACAAGAAUACAAGCCUAGCAACUAUGGCUUCAGAUAAGUUGUUAGAAUUGGAUCCUGAAAAUGUCGGGUAUUAUGUUCUGCUCUCUAACAUAUACUCAGUGGACCGGAACUAUUCUGAGGCUGCAACAAUUCGUCAAGUAGCUAAGAAGAGAAAGUUGAGCAAGACACCUGGAUGCACCCUGAUUGAGACUGGUGACAACCUGCAUGUCUUUACAUCUGGUGACUGGUCCCAUCCACAAUCAAAAGCUAUCUAUGCCAUGUUGGAGAAAUUGAGCAGAAAGAUGAGGGAGGUUGGAUUUGAGGCUGAGACCGAUGUAGCACUGUAUGAUGUUGAGGAGGAAGAGAAGGAGCAAAUGGUGAAGGUUCAUAGUGAGAAAUUGGCCAUUGCUUUUGGGCUCAUUAGUACUGAGCCAGGAACAGAGAUCAGGAUUAUCAAGAAUCUUAGAGUUUGUUUAGAUUGCCAUAAUGCGACUAAAUUCAUCUCCAUGCUCACUGAGAGAGUGAUUGUAGUUAGGGAUGCUAACAGAUUCCACCACUUCAAGGAUGGGAUAUGUUCUUGUGGAGACUAUUGGUGACCACCGUCAGUUGGGGCAUCAUAGGUUUAUACUGGUUCAUGAGGGUAAUUUAUCUACAUUUUUCAAGGAGUAAUACAAGAAGCUCCAUUAGGUUCA